GGGCCGUGCCCGGGCCAGAGACCGCGGCAGGGUCUGGAGCCCCCCGCCCCGCCGGCGGCAGCCUGACCCUCUGCCGGGGGGGGCCCCCCGCGUCCUCUCCUCCUCCCCGCAUCCCCCUUUGCUUUCAUGCAACGCCUGGUGGCCUGGGACGCAGCAUGCCUCCCCAUCCAGCCGCCCGCCUUUAAAUCCAUGGAAGUGGCUAAUUUCUAUUACGAGGCGGACUGUCUGGCUGCUCUCAACAAGCUGCACCCGCGGGCGGCCGGGGGCCGCUCCAUGACCGAGCUCACCGUCGGGGACCACGAGCGAGCCAUCGACUUCAGCCCGUACCUGGAGCCCUUGGCGUCGCAGCCGCCGCCUCCCGCGGCAGCAGCAGGGGGCAACUUUGAGCCUCCGUGCAGCAGCGGCGCCGGCCAAGAUUUCCUUUCCGAUCUCUUCGCCGAGGACUAUAAAGGCAGCGGCGGCAGCAAGAAGCCCGACUACACCUACAUCAGCCUCGCCCGGCACAGCCACCCCUGCGCCAGCCAGAGCCACAAGCCGGGGGGGCUGCCGGGCUGCUUCCCGCCCCAGAUCGUGGAAACCAAAGUGGAGCCGGUCUUCGAGACCCUGGACUCUUGCAAAGGGCCCCGUAAGGAAGAAGGGGGCGCGGGGCCGGGACCGGGGGGCAUGUCCUCGCCCUACGGCAGCACCGUGCGCUCCUACCUGGGUUACCAGUCGGUGCCGAGCGGCAGCAGCGGGAACCUGUCCACCUCCUCCUCCUCCAGCCCCCCCGGCACCCCCAACCCCUCCGAGUCCUCCAAGUCCGCCGCCGCCGGCGGGGGCUACUCCGCCGCCCCGGCGGGCAAGAACAAGCCCAAGAAGUGCGUGGACAAGCACAGCGACGAGUACAAGCUCCGCCGGGAGAGGAACAACAUCGCGGUGCGCAAGAGCCGCGACAAAGCCAAAAUGCGCAACCUGGAGACGCAGCACAAAGUCUUGGAACUGACGGCCGAGAACGAGCGGCUGCAGAAGAAGGUGGAGCAGCUCUCCCGGGAGCUGAGCACCCUCAGGAACUUGUUCAAACAGCUGCCCGAGCCCCUGCUCGCCUCCUCGCCGCGCUGCUGACCCGCGGCCGGGGCGAGGGAGCCGCGGGCCCC